AUGCAGGCCAAAUACUUCAGCACGAACAACAUGCUGGAUGAUGAAUGGGGCACCACCUUGAGCCUGCAUUCGCAAACCUCCACUCCAUCCCAGCGCCCAAAGCGGGGGCACACAGAGCAGCCACCUCCCUCUUCAGCAUGGCGUCCAGUGGCCUUGAUCCUGAUCAUUUUGUGCCUGGUGCUGCUGAUUGGCCUGGCUGUACUGGGGUUUGUGUUUUUUCAGUUCUACCAGCUAUCCAACACGCAGAAAGACAGCAUUAAUAAACUGGAAGAAAGAUCGGGGAAUCUCUCCCAACAACUGCAAUCCCUCCAAGCCCAGAACAGGAAGCUUGUAGAAACUCUGCAGCAGGUGGCUGAAAAAUACUGUCGUGAGCUUUAUAACAAAACUGGAGAGCAUAGAUGUAGCCCUUGCCCAGAAAAUUGGAAAUGGCAUGGGGACAAAUGCUACCAGUUCUAUAAAAAGAGCAAGAGUUGGCAGGACUGUGACUCUUUCUGCACUGCUGAAAACUCAACCAUGCUGAAGAUUAAGACACAGGAAGUGCUGCAGUUUGCCAUGCCUCAGAGCUACUCUGAGUUUUUCUACUCUUACUGGAUAGGGCUAUCCCGGAACGACAGUGACAAGGCCUGGCUGUGGGUGGAUGGAGCUCCUUACACUUCUGAACUGUUUAAGAUUAAAAUAGAUUUCACCAGUUCAGGAGAUGGGGACUGUGUGACCAUUCUUAAUGGAAUGUUUUUCUCAAAGAACUGCCAAGAGUUGAGGCGGUGUGCGUGUGAAACAGUGGCGACCCCAGUCAAGUUAGAGAGACUUCCCUAA